UUCAAUUGUCCUCAGUCGAGACGUUGUCUCAUCAUCAACCAACACCACCUUUGAUUCUCCAGCCAACCGCCAAGACUCCACUCACCGAACCAUACAUCGACAUACCACUUACACCGAGUUAAUCACCUCGAAGACACCUCACGUUCCUCAGUUUCAAAACAAACUAUCGAGUGAAAUUGAAGAAGAGAAAAACAUAAAUAAAGACCGAAUCAAGAUGUCGCCCACACACACCAUGUCCGCCCACCUCUGCAAGCAGAUCUAUUCUGCAUGGUGUCAAGACCACACGGGUUCCCCUAAGCCCCAUGCCACCAGCCCGCUGCCAUCGCCCACCAACUCGUCUGUCUACUCGGGCUACUUCCAGCGAUCGCCGUCCCCUGAGCAACACAAGCGGCCGAUGGACAGUGACCGCUCAUCGACCUCCAGCUGGCGAUGGAACAACAAGGACAACUCUCGCUAAGAUAUUGAGAUUUGAUGUUUCUUAGGAGGACUUGUUUUCUUGGUUAUUAUUUUUUGGCGGACAUCCAAUAACUGGCGCAUGCGAAACGGGACUGGGUACCUAUCUAGCGGGACGGCGUAUACUGUAAUGCAUUUCGGCGGUUUUUUCAGCGGACAGCGGAGCUAUCAACAGCGCGGGCAGUCCUUACAAGCGUUGGAUAUCAUUUAUACGACGGCAACAGGGGCAAUAACAGCGACUUCUACAAAUUCCAACCAGACUACCAGCAACGAAACAUCGCGACCAUGAGUUCUACUGAUACUCAGCCUUUCAGCGAAGGAGUCAGCCAUUGCCCGUCCGUCUGCUUGUAAUUCAGGAAGGCAGGCAGAGAAGCAGGGAGGCUUAUCCAUGUUAUGUACAGAGGCUUUGUCACUCCAGAUGCUAGUGUCACCACCACCUCCAGGCAUCUCCAGCUCUACACUAGCUUUGUCAGCCCUACGAGCCCAGUCCCGAGUCUUGUCACCACAAGAUUCCCAAGUUCGGCUCAGACAAGCGCCGGGCCGAUACUCUCCCGUCCUGGGAACGAUCGUUCGGUUUCGCGGCGGCAGUGGGUACAUCGCUUUGUACAUCGUCCCAUUACACCAUCUCAUCACGCCAUGUCGCUAUACCUAUCGCCAAUGCGGAGUGACCUUCGG